UUGAGAUUCCAAAGGGCUGCCUACAAACCAAAUGGCAUCCUAGCUUUGGUAGGCUGAUGCUUCAUUUCGGCUGCUCUCGCCCCCUCUAGCGUUUGCAAAGCUCAUCUGUCUGAUUAUACAGUUACCUCACUGAACAAGAUCUUGGCUAAGUCCUGCCCAUCUAUGACAUCACCCCCUUCUUCAGCCACUGCGAGGUGAAGCUUUAAACUUCAGACUUGGAGGUGGGCUGUGUGCAGUAAACUGGAAUGCUCUCCCUCGCUCACUCCUCAGUGUAGGAGUGAUCUGAAGCAGGACAAGCUCAGCCUGCAGCUGCCGUGGGCUUUGUGUGGACUGGACGCAGAGCUUGGGAGACGGGGGAGGGCUAUUACUCCAAUUCACAGUCAAUGGAAUUACAGCUAUAGCGGCAGUGUAUAUAGGAUUGCUUUUUCUCGUCUUCCUGGAGAUGCUCAGUCCCAGUAUAUUUUAAAGAAGAGAAAUAUAAAGGAAAUUUAGUAUGCCUCCUUUUCUUUCCAUGAAGAAUUUAGUUUCCUUUACUUCCUAAAAGAGAAUACCUGUUCUUGUGUAACGUGACUGCACCAGACAUUCAGAAAAAUCAGCAAGAAGCAAAAGCUGGAAAUAGCUAUUUCACAGCAGGUAAUCAUACCUCAGGAUGUAGCUACUGUACAAAGUUUAUACUUGGAUAAUCCUGGAUGGGAAUAAAGGUAGGGGGUAACUGCCUGAAAAACCUAUUACUAUACAGGCCUUAGCAUCAUGAAUGGCUUUCUUCAUGAGGAUCUGAAGUUACUGUCUCUGACCACAUUGCACAGAAGAGCCAAUAAGAAUUUCAAAGAGGGCAAUUUCCACUAAGGGAAUUAAGCUACACAAAAGGAAACUUCACACAGAAACUCUAUCAGAAAGAAAAAAAAAAUACAUAGGAAGCCAUGUGUCCUACAUAGUAACAGGAAGCAGAACUGUUUCUGCCCCCACUUUAAUGAGCUUGCCCACCAUGCUGAACUGCAGCUGGAAUGUUCAUUGACAACAGCAAGCCUGAUCUGGAGGUGUGUGCGACAUAGGAUUACUUGAAUAAACGGUGAAGAACAUUUCCAAGGACUUAACGAAAGUUUAUAAGUCCCAGUCCCUCACCAGGAAAAUAAUAUAUGUGCAUUGGAUAUUCACCCCCGCAAAAAUUUACUCACAUCGUUCAAUAAGGGUUCUGAAGUAACGGAAGCUACCUUGUAUAAAGACCUCAACACUGCUGACCAUGAUCAGCCCAGCUUGGAGCAUCUUCCUCAUUGGGACUAAAAUUGGGCUGUUCCUUCAAUUAGCACCUCUAUCAGUUAUGGCUAAAUCCUGUCCAUCUGUGUGUCGCUGCGAUGCGGGUUUCAUUUACUGUAAUGAUCGCUUUCUGACAUCCAUCCCAACAGGAAUACCAGAGGAUGCUACAACUCUCUACCUUCAAAACAACCAAAUAAAUAAUGCCGGGAUUCCUUCAGAUUUGAAAAACUUGCUGAAGGUAGAAAGAAUAUACCUAUAUCACAACAGUUUAGAUGAAUUUCCUACCAACCUCCCAAAGUAUGUAAAGGAGUUACAUUUGCAAGAAAAUAACAUAAGGACUAUCACUUAUGAUUCACUUUCAAAAAUUCCCUAUCUGGAAGAAUUACAUUUAGAUGACAACUCUGUCUCUGCAGUUAGCAUAGAAGAGGGAGCAUUCCGAGACAGCAACUAUCUCCGACUGCUUUUCCUGUCCCGUAACCACCUUAGCACAAUUCCCUGGGGUUUGCCGAGGACUAUAGAAGAACUACGCUUGGAUGAUAAUCGCAUAUCCACUAUUUCAUCACCAUCUCUUCAAGGUCUCACUAGUCUAAAACGCCUGGUUCUAGACGGAAACCUGUUGAACAAUCACGGUUUAGGUGACAAAGUUUUCUUCAACUUAGUUAAUUUAACAGAGCUGUCCCUGGUGCGGAAUUCCCUGACUGCUGCACCAGUAAACCUUCCAGGCACAAACCUGAGGAAGCUUUAUCUUCAAGAUAACCACAUCAAUCGGGUGCCCCCAAAUGCUUUUUCUUAUCUAAGGCAGCUCUAUCGACUGGAUAUGUCCAAUAAUAACCUAAGUAAUUUACCUCAGGGUAUCUUUGAUGAUUUGGACAAUAUAACACAACUGAUUCUUCGCAACAAUCCCUGGUAUUGUGGGUGCAAGAUGAAAUGGGUACGUGACUGGUUACAAUCACUACCUGUGAAGGUCAACGUGCGUGGGCUCAUGUGCCAAGCCCCAGAAAAGGUUCGUGGGAUGGCUAUUAAGGAUCUCAACGCAGAACUGUUUGAUUGUAAGGACAGUGGGAUUGUAAGCACCAUUCAGAUAACCACUGCAAUACCCAACACAGUGUUUCCUGCCCAAGGACAGUGGCCAGCUCCAGUGACCAAACAGCCAGAUAUUAAGAACCCCAAGCUCACUAAGGAUCACCAAACCACAGGGAGUCCCUCAAGAAAAACAAUUACAAUUACUGUGAAGUCUGUCACCUCUGAUACAAUUCGUAUCUCUUGGAAGCUUGCUCUACCUAUGACUGCUUUGAGACUCAGCUGGCUUAAACUGGGCCAUAGCCCGGCAUUUGGAUCUAUAACAGAAACAAUUGUAACAGGGGAACGCAGUGAGUACUUGGUCACAGCCCUGGAGCCUGAUUCACCCUAUAAAGUAUGCAUGGUUCCCAUGGAAACCAGCAACCUCUACCUAUUUGAUGAAACUCCUGUUUGUAUUGAGACUGAAACUGCACCCCUUCGAAUGUACAACCCUACAACCACCCUCAAUCGAGAGCAAGAGAAAGAACCUUACAAAAACCCCAGUUUACCUUUGGCUGCCAUCAUUGGUGGGGCUGUGGCCCUGGUUACCAUUGCCCUUCUCGCUUUAGUGUGUUGGUAUGUUCAUAGGAAUGGAUCGCUCUUCUCAAGGAACUGUGCAUAUAGCAAAGGGAGGAGGAGAAAGGAUGACUAUGCAGAAGCUGGCACUAAGAAGGACAACUCUAUCCUGGAAAUCAGGGAAACUUCUUUUCAGAUGUUACCAAUAAGCAAUGAACCCAUCUCGAAGGAGGAGUUUGUAAUACACACCAUAUUUCCUCCUAAUGGAAUGAAUCUGUACAAAAACAAUCACAGUGAAAGCAGUAGUAACCGAAGCUACAGAGACAGUGGUAUUCCAGACUCAGAUCACUCACACUCAUGAUGCUGAAGGACUUGCAGCAGACUUGUGUUUUGGGUUUUUUAAACCUAAGGGAGGUGAUGGUAGGAACCCUGUUCUACUGCAAAACACUGGAAAAAGAGACUGAAAAAAAGCAAUGUACUGUACAUUUGCCACAUAAUUUAUAUUUAAGAACUUUUUAUUAAAAGUUUCAAAUUUCAGGUUACUGCUGCGAUUGAUGUAGUGGAGAUGCCUGAACACAAUUCUAUAUUUUAGUAUUUUUUAGUAAUUUGUACUGUAUUUUCCUUGCAAAUAUUGGAGUUCUAAACCAUUUACUUUGUGUUCUACUGAGUAAGAUGACUUGUUGACUGUGAAAGUGAAUUUUCUUGCUGUGUUGAACAAUCAGGACUGCAUUCACAUGAGAUCCUUGUAGUAUAAGCACAGGCCAUUUUUCACUUUGGUAUUAAUAAAAUGUAAAAAAAAAACUGGCUGAAUGGCUGAAUGAGAUAAAAUUUAAUUUUAAAAAAUGGUUAUGAAAUAAUGUUCCAAUUAUUAAAUUUGUAUUAUCCCAGUCAUAUUCAAUAAAUCAAAAUGUGUGAAGUAAUGGGCAAUAUCAAACUUCCUGCAUAUCUCCAUUUUUGCUCUAGGCAAAUUAAUUAUCCUUAAAAAAGUUAAGCAUAUCUUCUGAACUGAAUACAUCAGCUGGCAUAAAAGGAGCGUGAAGUCUGUUAAAGCCAUUGUCAGCAAAGCUUUGAAAAUAAAGGACUUCACAAAAAUAGUAAUGUAAAUGUGCUUCCAAGUUGGGGAGGAAAUGUGUACUUAGGAAAACAUGAAAACUUAGACUUGUGUGUAAUGAACACAAAUACCAAAACUGUAUUUUGGUUUUGCCUAUACCAUCCUGAUUUUUGAAAAGUGAAUUAUAAAUACAAAAUUGUUAGUGUUUAUGACGUUUUUAUUAUAAAGGAUGUCAGAGAAACUUUAUGCAUCUUAAAAAUGUAAUUAUAAGCGAUUCCCCAGGCCGGGCGCGGUGGCUCACGCCUGUAAUCCCAGCACUUCGGGAGGCCCAGGCGGGCGGAUCACGAGGUCAGGAGAUCGAGACCAUCCUGGCUAACAUGGUGAAACCCCGUCUCUACUAAAAAUACAAAAAAUUAGCCGGGCGUGGUGGCGGGCGCCUGUAGUCCCAGCUACUCGGGAGGCUGAGGCAGGAGAAUGGCAUGAACCCGGGGGGCAGAGUUUGCAGUGAACCGAGAUCGCACCACUGCACUCCAGCCUGGGCGACAGAGCGAGACUCCGUCUCAAAAAAAAAAAAAAAAAAAAAAAAAAAUAAGCGAUUCCCCUCAACAAUCCAGAGAAAGUAGUUCUUUAAGAGAUAAUUUAAAGAAAAAUAAAUACUAGACAUCAAAUUUAGAUCUGGUUUAUAUCAAAGGUUUAACACUGUACAUAAAUGUUCAAUUUACUUUUACAAAGAUCAAGAUUACUGCCCAUUACUGUCACAAUUUUCCAGAUAUUACAUAAUGAACUUGUAAUGUAACAUUUCCUUCUAGCUUCCUACUGAAUUGUGAGCUAUUACUUGUUGAAAAACCAUAUCACUUUUCUUUUGCCAUGAUUUUUUUUUUUUUCAACAAAAAACCAAAGUGCAUUGUACGCCCUUUGGCCAGUCUUGUAUGUGCCUUGAUCCAACGCUACAUGUAUUCAGCUUUUAAAACUCGACAAAUUUUUCAUACUCCUUAAAUAUGAAAAAUUAUGGUCUUAUUGCUGAAUAAAACUUUUAAAAAGUACAGAAUAAUUGUGCUUGCUUUUUCAGGAUUGUGUUACUAUCACUAAGUAGCAAAUUGCCCAGCACAUUAGUCCUAAACGUCCCAUGUAUUUUUCUAGGCAUAAAAAUAAAAGUUGGCUAAAAAUUUUAAAAAAUCAA